GAGAUCUGCUCACGUAAGCCGCCGGUGUGGGCACGGUGCACGGGCAGCACGAGCAGAGGGCACGCGCUUGUUGCAUCGCCCAGCGGAACAGCUCCCGCGCGCGUGUUGCGUGUCGUCGCUUUCUGGAGCGCAAAUCAGGCGCCAGUUUUUACCGGUGGACCUCAAGACAAGAGGCACCUCGAGGGACAGCAUCUCUGUUUUUCAUGUGCGCUGAACUCCAAUCGUUUCUGUGCACGAGCAAAACGUCUUUUUCGCAGGCUGUGCGCCCAUCUGGGCGAUGACAUUGGUUGGAUAGAGGAGCGUCUAUUGCAGUAUCUGGCGAUCUCGUAAAGAAGCGUCAUAUAUGAAUGCAUAUUUAUUGAGUUUCACGAUUGUGUUGAAGGAGAAUGCAGCAACGAGAUCCGUGUCACUGACCGGGGCUGUUUCCGGUCCUUAAGUGGCUGGCUGGUGUUUCCCCAUCACCAAGUGCAUGGGGAAAGUGGCACACACCGAUGGCAUGGACACUUGCGCAAGGUCUGCCGCUCUGCCCUGCUACCAGAGCCUAUUCGCACUCAGUCCCCCACCACCCUCUCCUCCGUCCUCGCCCCUUGUCAGCCCCGAGAGCACUGCAGCACCGCCACCGGCCGCUCCUGAGCCACAGCAGACGGCAUGAGGAGGCUUGAUCCGGUGCAUUUCUCCAUGCUCGUCAUCGGGGUCUCCUUCGCCUGCUACGCCCCGAGUUUGGAUUCUCUGCAGGACCAGGCUUACCGAUCGGCCGUGGUGAUCGAAGGCGAGGUGAGCGCACUGCCCGCAAACGUCUCCGUGGAGCCCUACAGUGUGAAUGUCAAAGUGCUGGACGUGUGGCCGGUGAACAGCGGCGGGCUGGAGCGCGAACAGCUCGUCACCGUCGGGGAAUUCGGCUCCGAGGCUCCGUGCGUUGCGGUGGAAAAGAACCACAGAUAUAUCUUUUUCAUGGACCCUACAGAGGAGCCUUUAGUAUUCAAAGCAUCGUUUGCUCCUUUGGACACCAGUGAGAAGAAUCUCAAAAAAGAUGUGGAGAGCAUAUUGUGUGAAGACUGCGCAUCAGCUCCAAAGGUGAAGCCCAUGGAUUCUCAGUGGCUACUGGAAGGUAGAAAGCUGACACUGAAGUGUGAAGCCACAGGCAGUCCAAGCCCUUCCUUCAAUUGGUACAAAGAUGGCAGCCAGCUCCACAAGAGAAAAGAUGUCAAAAUCAAAUCCAGCAAGAAAAACUCAAAGCUUCACAUCAGCAGAGUGAGACUGGAGGACUCUGGGAACUACACCUGCAUGGUGCAGAACUCACUGGGCAGAGAGAAUGCCACCAGCUAUGUUAACGUCCAAAGCAUAACCACUACAUUGUCUCCAGGCUCAAGUCAUGCCAGGAAGUGCAAUGAAACGGAGAAGACGUACUGCGUUAAUGGUGGAGACUGUUAUUUCAUACAUGGUAUAAAUCAGCUGUCCUGCAAGUGUCCAAAUGAUUAUACUGGUGAACGCUGUCAAACCUCCGUUAUGGCCGGUUUCUACAAGCAUCUUGGAAUUGAAAUCAUGGAGGCUGAGGAGCUGUACCAAAAACGUGUGCUGACGAUAACUGGCAUCUGCGUGGCACUGCUGGUGGUUGGCAUCGUGUGUGUGGUGGCAUACUGCAAAACCAAGAAACAAAGAAAGAAGAUGCAUAACCACCUGCACCAGAACAUGUGUGCGGAGCAUCCAAACCGUAUGCUGGCCAAUGGACCCAACCACCCAGGCCUUGGCCCGGAGGAAAUCCCCAUGGUGGAAUAUAUAUCAAAGAAUGUCCCAGCAACUGAGCGAGAAAUACGGCAUGGAACAGAGACAUCAGGCAAUUUCUCAGGCAGUCGAAUGUCGUCGAGGUCCCACCACACUUCCACAGCUUCUCACACUUCCAGUCAACGACACGAGGAGCGCACGUGGAGUAUGGAACGGACAGACAGCAUACACUCUGACUGCCAGUCGGGGGCGCUGUCUUCUUCCGUCGGCACUAGUAAAUGCAGCAGCCCUGCGUGUAUGGAGGCUCGCGCUCGCCGAGCAGCAUACUGUGGUUAUCCUGAUGCUCCACAGUGCCCCCUAAAAUAUGGAGACUCUUACGACUCACUGCGGGACUCACCUCACAGUGACAGGUAUGUGUCCGCUCUGACCACGCCGGCGCGUCUGUCUCCAGUGGACUUCCACUCCUCACUGCCCCCGCAGGUGCCUACCUUUCAGAUCACCACACCAAAUGCCAGCCAUGCCCUCUCCCUGCCGCCCGCUGCCUCGGCUGUUGCCAUGGGAGCCUAUUCGCCUGAUGACGACCAGCCCCUGCUGCACCGUUAUCGCCGCUCCCGUCGGUCGUAUUAUGCGGUGGAGAGCACAGGCUCACUCCCGUCUAGCCCGUACCGCUUUGUGGAUGACGAGGACUAUGAGACCACACAGGAGUAUAUGUCCUCCAGGGAGCAGCCGAAAAAGAGCCGCAGCGGCCGCCGUUGGCGCAGGAGAUCGCGAUUCAACGGACACGUAUCGCAGAACACGUCAGAACCCAGAAACUACAGCUCGCAAAGUUGCCUGUCGGAAAGCGAUUGGGAGGAUGACGAGGUAGGCGACCUCGGCCACGGCGAGAGCACGCCGUUUCUCAGUAUGCAGAACAUGAAUGCCACAGAACCGGCCACCAUAUACCGACCCAAUGACACGCGGACUUACAGCAACACGGGACACUCUACUUCCCGUGGCAAUGUGCAGACGAACAAACUGUCGCAGUCUCGGUCCAGACCGGACAAUGCACCCCUUUAAAAAAGACAGACAAAACAAGGAUGAACUAACGUAUCUAGGAGUGAAAAACAAAUGAUAUGUUAUAGACCUGCACCUAUGAGAAAUAUUUUUUAUUUUAUAUAACAGACAGAUAUUCUAAACAAAUGAAAUAUUUAUUUUCAUUUCAGCAAAAAUUGUCUACUAGCUAGCAGCAAAGACUUUUUUUAUAGGGGGAAACUAUUUGUAUGUAAUUUCUUUUUUUGAUUUACAGCAUUAUGAAAAAGAAUUACGUGCCAAAUUUUUCACAAAAUAGAAAUAGAAUAAUAUUGUGGUGCCUUUUGCUGUUUGCCGAUGAGGGAGGUUCAUUUGAGUUUUUGUAGCCUUUCUUAAACAGACUUCUGGGUUUUAUAGACAUGUUUGUCUAUUUUUUUUUUUUUUUUUUUUUUUUAUUCAGGAUCUCCCCAUUUGAACUGUGAUAUUAUUCAGACACCAUGCAAUAUUGAAUCACUUUUGUGUAAGGUGUUUGUUUACAUGAAUAGGAUUGACAUGACAGAUGUUAAAAUGCUACAGAUGCAGAUUCAUUCGAAUACCAACUACACAGAGUGGUUCAUUCAUUCUGUACCAACAAAACCAACCAGAUCGCUGUUUACUUUUGAUUUUUGUUUUCGUUUUGUUUAUUGUUUUUUCUCAAUUGGUCAUCGCAUAUUGUUUCCAUGGAAACAGAGGUUUGCAGGAGUUCACAGGGCACGGCACUGGGUCACAGUAUCGGUCCUGGUGUUCAGGGUUUUCAAAAACGGUGGUCUGUGUGUCCAAUGAAUGUGUUUACACUUCUGUGGGGGUGUGUGUGACAGUAGUGUUUGAAUGUUUGAAUCUCAGUGUAUAGGUAUGUGUUUUUGUGUACAAAGUAGUGGCUGUCUUUUUGUGUGAGGAUAAAUUUAGUUUGUGCGUUUAGCAUUGUGUUUGUCUUCAGGUUAACGUUUUGAAUGUGUGUGUUUGUGAGUGUAGACAUACGCCUGUGUGUACCAGUGCUCCAGUAAAUGUGUGCGAGUAUGCUUGUAUUCUUUUAUGAUGGAUGUUGGCUUUGUCAAAAGGAAACUAUUUUUCAGUUUUGUUUAGAAAUAAAGUAACACAAAUGGGUUAAAGGGAUAGUUCACCCAAAAAUGUAAAUGCUAUCAUUAUUUACUCACCCUCAUGUGGUUCCAAACCCAUAUGCUGUUAUUUUUUUAUUUUUUAUAAAUAAAGGAGAAUGUUUAAAGAAUCUUCAAGCAUCUCAGAAAAGAACAAAAACACCAUACAAUUACCAAAAGUAUGACACAAAUCAGAUUUUAGAGUUACUUUAAAGGGAAACAUUACGAUAAAUAGCAAUUUUUUAUUUAUUCAUUUAUUUAUUUUUUGUCUGUUACUCACACAGAUCUAUCGUUUGGUUUCAGAAGACUUGCAAUACAAAACCUGAACUUGACUGCCAUGGUCAUUUUGAACUGUUCUUGUAUGGUACAAUGCUGUACAUUAUAUAAGAAAAUAUAUAAUUUCGAGUUUGACUUGAAGAUAACAGUCUACAGAUUUACAAGGACAUGAGGAUGAGAAAAAAAAAAUUACUCACAUUUACAUUUUGGGGUUAACUAUGCGUUUAAUGCUGGUGACUUUGCCACCUCCUUGUGGUGAGAGAAGCUCAUUGCACUGUAAUCUUCCUUCCAUGUGUAGUCAUUGGCCGCAGUGCUGCCUGCGAGGGAACCAAUCCAGCCUGAUUCUAGCCUACAAGGACCUACAUCUCUCCUCUUAGCCCACAUGUUCCCAUUCCUAUGCCAGCAGCUUUAAGCCGCACUGUGUCUCAGGACUUUUCAUCAAAAACUACAUUAUCCAUAAAGCACCUGUCCUACUCGGAACAGAUCCAUUAAUGCUGUUGUGUCUGUGUCACGCUAGUGAGACUAUGAAGGAUGAUACGACAGCUUUGUUUGUCAGUGGUUCAUUGUUAUUUUUGUUAGCUUUUCUUUCUGUUUUGUUUUUGGUGGGGUAGUUCAAAGCUGUGUCCUCUCUUUUGACAAACAGUUGGGUCCAAAAGUCUGAAACCACUACUGCCCUACAAAUGCAAAACGCAGUAACUACACCAACAGUGAAAGUAACUACGCCAACACUCAGACUCAGUCUGUUUUUUUUUCAGAAUCUGAGCAUAGCUGAGCCAAACCUGUCUGUCACAGGAAAGUUAAUAGUGUAAGAGACCAGAUUUAACUCAAUGUUGGAAAAAAAAAAAGUGUAGUUACUGCGUUUUGCCUUUGCAAGGCAGACUUGUGAAAAUGCUUGGUAACACUUUACAUUAAUGUUCCCUUUGUUGAGGGAUAACAAAGGGGUUCAUUGUAAAUAAUUUACAAAUGCACUAUAAAUCACUGAUAUGCAGAUAUAGCAAUAUGCUAUAUAGGAAGAAUAUCAUUAAAUACUUGCCAAAUAGUGAGCCAUUUUAAUUCAUGUUCUGAAUGCUUAAUAACACAUUUUCAACAUUAGUAAUCUAUGAAAAUGUAUCUUAAUUUCAAGUGGACACAUAUGAAGCAUUUAUUAAUGAGUUACCAACAUUAGAAACAUAUGUACAUAAAGUUGUAUGUGCUUUAAUGGUCAUCAGGCUUUAUUAAAUGAUAUAUGCUGUGAAUGAACAUGAAGACUGAAAAGUGUUUUUGCAGAGGACUUUAGGUAACUAGGACUAGGUAAGUUGUGACAGCACUCGGAGUAGCACCAUUCUUUUGACAUCAGUGUGACAAGGAAAGUGACAACACAAGUGAGUCAAGACAUUACAGUAAUGAAUAUAAACACAAAAAAUAGUGUAAGUAAGAAUAAGUAUUUAUUAAGCAUUUUUAACAAGUAAUUUAAAAUGCACACUUUUUGGCAAGUAUUGUAUAAAAGUCGUCCUUUUAAUUCACGUUGAUUAAAACUGCACAUCAACAAUUUAUAAUGCAUUUGUAAAUUAUUUAUUAGUCAUUGAUGAACCCCUUUAUUAACCCUUAACAAAGGGAACAUUAAUGUAAAGUGUUACCAGAUGCUUCUAUUUUGAAUGUCUCUAAAUUUAUUGGCCAAGCGGCAUUUUAAGAGUGCUGAUAUUUGGUAUAACAUGACUGCAUUGCUUCACUGUUUGUGUCACGCCAGAAAUGCAAUGGUUGAUUUGGCUUUUUUUUUUUUUUAAGUAUUUUCAUUACCAGAGCAAAAGUACACCAAAUAACUGGUUAUACUGUGUCUGAAAUGUACUGUAAGUUAUGCUAUAUUAACUUAACAGAACUGAAGUAUAUAAUCAAUAUCACACUUGCCAAUUGUGUGUUUGUACUGAAUAUCAGCAUGGCUGUGACUACCUGAGUUAUGAGGCUGCUGAUAUUCUAUACAACAGCACUCUUGUUUGUGUGAUGUUGCUUCAUUAUACUGUCAGCAUAAACAUUUGAGUGAAAUGUUGAAAAGAAACUUUUUGAAUUUUGAAUGUCCCCUUUCAAACCUGAUGAUCAUGUUAUCCAGCAUGAUUUGAGAAUGUUCCAGAGAGCAUCUUGUGUGCUUCAGUGGAAGCAAGGAAGUCUGAUAUUUGUAGUUAACAUGGUCAAAUUCAAACAUUUUCUCAGGCCUACAUAUGAAUAGUGAGCUUGAAAUAGUAUUUUAAGGUCUAAAACUUUGUUUAAAUUGUUUAAAUAUAUAAAUACCACUUUUUUAAGGUGGUCUCAGACUUUUGAACCCCACUGUAUAUCUGUAUGCAAGCUGGAGACUUGCUCUUAUUAAAGUGUGUUUGGCUACCACUAGAUGUGGAUUAUAAAGUGUAAACCCCUACUUCCAGAGUCCAGCGACCUACAGUACAUUUAAGAAGACAAACAACAAAAUCCCACUUGCAUAUGUGUACUUCUUAGACACACAUGCAGAUACAUACACUUACACACACACUCGCUCAAGAUUCAUUCUAUAUACUCACCUUUAAACACUGUCAUUUAAAGCACCACUUGUCCCACAGAUUUCUUUACUUCCUGUCGUUCUCUCUCUGUUUCUCCUGUUCUUCCUCUCUGCCUGUGAAGGCGUCUCUCCCUCUGCAUGUUCUAGUGGUUCAGGUAGUUGGAUGCAUGGUAACCGCAGCAACUGAGUCGUAUUCACAUGGUGAAAGUGUAGUAUUCAUUUGACAUUCAGCAAUAAAUCCCCUUUUUUCAUGUUCAUUCUUGACUUUGAAUAUGCUAGAAAUUUUUGCAAGUUUUCUCAAAAAAAAAAAAUAGUACUUGUAAAAAAACAAAACAAAAUCAAACCACUUGUUCAUAUGGAAAAAAUAAAUCUUAAUUCCUACCAAUUAAAAAAAAUG